GGUUGUAUCGCUUUGUGAUCCGCCGGGUAUGUUUGAAUCGAAAGCGAACAGAACUGACUCGUAAUCACAUGACGUGAAUUGCUAUACAUUGAUAACGCUUUUGUAACGCGUCGCUAAGGGCAACGGCGACGAUUUUAUUGGUGUCUCGAUUCUACGUUUAAGUUCUUUUCGGUUUUAAACUUGGAUUGAAUUUGGUAAACAUGGACGUGUUAUUGCAUUUGUGCGUUUUAUCUCUUUGCGCGUUUCUCGUGUACGGAAAGCCCACAGUUAGGAAAGAGCGAGUUCAUCACGAGCCCGAACUGAGCAGACGAUCGCACGAGGACAACCAGAGCCACCAGUACGAUCACGAGGCCUUUCUGGGCAAAGAGGAGGCGACCACUUUUGACCAACUUUCCCCAGAGGAAAGCAAAGCCAGACUGGGGAAAAUAGUUGAUCGUAUUGACGGAGAUGCCGAUGGAUAUAUCACCACUGAUGAACUCAAGGCCUGGAUCAAGAGAGUACAGAAGCGUUACGUUUAUGAAAACGUAGCAAAGGUCUGGGCUGAUUAUGACCUGAACAAAGACAACAAGAUCUCGUGGGACGAGUACAAGCAAGCGACAUACGGCUACUAUCUGGCCAAUCCUGAUCAGUUUGAGGACGCCACCGAUCAGUUCAGCUUUAAGAAGAUGAUGCCGCGAGAUGAACGCAGGUUCAAAGCGGCAGACAUGGAUGGUGACUUGGCUGCAGAGCGAGAGGAGUUUACUGCUUUUCUUCAUCCAGAAGAGUUUGAUCACAUGAAGGACAUUGUGGUUCUUGAAACUCUGGAGGACAUUGACAAGAAUGGAGACGGUCACGUAGAUGAAGAUGAAUACAUUGCUGAUAUGUUUGGUAAUGAAGACAACGGUCCAGAACCAGACUGGGUGAAGACAGAGAGAGACCAGUUUUCAGACUUCAGAGACCUGAAUAAAGACGGGAAGAUGGAUCUGGAGGAGAUUCGCACCUGGAUUCUUCCACAGGACUACGAUCACGCUCAGGCGGAGGCCAGACACUUGGUGUACGAGUCAGACACAGAUAAGGACCAGAUGCUCACCAAAGAAGAGAUUCUUGAGAACUGGAACAUGUUUGUAGGCAGCCAGGCCACCAACUACGGUGAAGACCUGACCAGGAACCACGAUGAGCUAUGAGCCCAACUCAAAGGGAUGGGACUCAGUAAACACAUUAAGGUCUAGUGAGAACACGGUGUGUCCUGGCAUCUCUGAAAGCCAUUUCACUGUCAGACUGAUCUCAAUUGCAGCUCUACCUCACAGUCUGGACAUAGAGAGAGUAUAUGAGGAGAGUAUGGUUUGGAUGCAGGAUGAUGGUCUCUCAGGUGAUGAUUCCUCUGUGUUCUUUUGUCAAGAACGUCUUCUGCUUGUGGUUGAAUAAGCUGCUAAAGCUGAGCCUUUUCAAUCACACUUUUUGUUUGUUUUGUUUGGAAGCAGUCAUAGGAUGAAGCCUGUUUUCAUACACUUGCUGCCUAUUUUGGUGUACCGUCAAUACAUUAAAACGGACGAGAGAUAAGAAUUGUAUUUAUUUAGAAUUUUAAUGACACAAUACUACUAUGAUUUAUUACAAGCGCUACAUGUAUUACAAUUCGUUUUUACACUUAAGAAAAUUUCAGAUUUUUGUUGCCAAUGCUUCCAUGGAGUCUUGUUUCGCUGCCUCAGAUGCAACAUUAAAUGAACUUUUACUGUAUUUCUUUUUACUUUGCAUAUGUGGUUUGUUUUUGCUCAUGUCUGAUUCAUUUCCGUUUAAAGGUUACAUUGACACACUACAUGGCCAUUUAUCUUUUGGAAGUAUACUGUAUGUUCUUUUCUACAAAGGGUCGUUCACAUUUGAACAAUAACAUUUACUAUAUUAGCGAUCACAUCACCAGAUGAUAACAAAAACUAUGUUAAUUCUUUCGCAUGCCGCAGUACUCGCCCAAAUCAUUUACCUUUUAUGGCAUUAAAGGGAUAGUUCACCCAAAAAUGAAAAUAAUGUCAUUAAUGACCUUCUUUUCGUUCCAAACUUGUAAGACCUGCGUUCAUCUUCAUAACACAGUUUAAGAUGUUUAUGUUUAGUCCAUGAGCUUGUUGACCCUCCAUUGAAAAUCUAUGUAUGGUUUUCAUGUCCAGAAAGGUAACAAAAACAUCAUCAAAGUAGUCCAUGUGACAUCAGUGGGUCAGUUAGAAUUUGUUGAAGCAUUGAAAAAUUUUGGUCCAAAAAGUAAAAAAAAUUAUGACUUUAUUCAGCAUUGUCUUUUCUUGACGUGACGUGUUUGUAAAGUUUUUUUUUUCAAACUUACAGCGUGCGUCUCCCUCAGACUGUAAACGAAGCCCGGACGCACAAAAAAAACCCAGCUGGGGCGCACCAGAUAACACGUCAGCCACGUCACUGCAGUCACGUGACUUUAGUCUCGCGCAUGCACUUCACAAGAGACGCGGAAGAGAAGACUACUGAAUAAAGUCAUUUUUGUUAUUUUCGGACCAAAAUGUAUUUUCAAUGCUUCAACACAUUCUAACUGACCCACUGAUGUACAGUUUGGGUUUUUAGUGGCAUCUAGGGAUGAGAUUGCAAAUUGCAACCAACCUCAAUUUAGAAACGCAAUGAGCAGCUAUGGUAGCUGCCACAGGACAAACAUGUCGUCGUCUGAGACAAUUUAUGGAUGAAAUGCGUUCUGUAGAGCAGUUUGUCUGUUUAGGGCUACUGUAGAAACAUGACAGGGACUUACAUGUAAAACCCGUGGUGUAUGGAGAUAAAAACGUCUCAUUGUAAGUUAAUAAAAACAAAACAGUUCAUGAUGUAAGGUCUUUAUACACCACUGAUAAUAUCAUGUAUAUUAAUUUGCAUUUCUAUCAAAAGAUCCUUUCUAAAAGUUACACAAACACCUUUUACUAAAUUAUAGAUAACCUUUAAUUAAAACUAUGCACUUGUUUACAUGUCAUUUAAACGUCGUGUAAAUAUGCUGUUUUCGUUGCAUUUACAGCCGCUAUAACCAGCUGAUGUCCUCAGCACACUGCGUUUCACAUAUCUAAACAGGGCAUUUGUAUAAUCUAUCAUCUUAUCUACUGGCGUAUUCAUUGUAGUAAAAUAAAAACAUUACGUAGUCAAUUUCACUGCAACUGCAACAGCACUGGAUACCUGAGGUAAUGUUAUGUUAUAGACUUCAGCAAAGUGCUUCAUCAUCAUUUCAAAUACGCAAGCACUUUAAAUUCGAACAGAUCUGAUUGGCUGGCAAUAGUUUAUAGUUCUUUAUUGAAAAGGGAAAAAGAUGCAAAAGUGAUCCCAACGAUAUCUUUCCAUGUAUUUUUCUUGUUAUAGUUGUGUUGUGAACGCCGCUAUUAUCUUUAAUACAGAAUGAUUUUAUUUUUAUAGUUAUUGUCCAUAAUGUGAACGACCCUUUAGACAGUAUUACACAGAGAGUGUUUUGGUUUCCUUCUAACAUGUCACAGUAGCAGGAUAUAUUUGAUGGAAAUAAUAUGCAUUUUAAGCAUUUAUGUGAAAGCUGCACAAGAUUCUGCUUUUAUAAUAAUUGAGUCAUUAUGUUAGAUGAAUGAACAUUACGCAACUUAAACCAGAUAUUUUAUUUAUUUUUGCUUUUAAAUAAAACCACAAAUGAAAGAAAUACCUUAUAACAUGGAAGGUAAUAAUAGUGUAUGGAUUACGUGCUUAUGUAAAUGAACAAAUAAUUUUAUUUUAAUCUGAUUCCUCCUCCUCCUCAUCCUCUGGCUGCUGAUCAGUUCUCUCUUCAGUUUCACUUUCCUGUACAAAAACAGACUUAAUUAAACUUUUAAGAAAAUUACUAAAAAA